AUGGAGCGCAACUGGAAUUUUAUAAAAUUGCCUGAUCUGUAUUACCACGAUGACGGUUAUUUCCUCAUGCGGUUCAAAUCAAAAGAGGAGAAGGAAUCAGUGUUGCAAGGGGGACCAUACACAAUUAGAGGAAUGCCAAUGAUAAUCAAAGAAUGGAAAGCCAACUUCAACAUGAAACAAGAUAUGUUAAGAACGAUCCCAAUUUGGAUCAAGUUACCUAAACUGCCAUUGUAUCUUUGGGGAGAACGCACGCUGGAUAAAAUUGGGAGUGCAAUUGGUGUGCCCAUGAUAACAGAUGAAUGUACCACUCAUAAACUCCGUGUUACUUACGCGCGAAUAUUGGUAGAAGUCGACAUAACUAGGAAACUGCUGGAAGAAAUUGCUUUGAAGGAUAAAGAAGGGAACAUUCUACUGCAACCGAUUGAAUACGAGUGGCGACCCAAGUUCUGUGAUAAGUGCCAGAAAGUGGGGCACACAUGUGUUGAUGGACUCAAAAAGAAGAUAUGGAAACCAAGGCAGCCUAAGAUCACGCCGACACAAGCUGCGGUAUCUGAGGAAAGUCAUAUGCAAUUAGAGGAGCUCACGGCUGGGGUACAGACUGCACAAGCAGAGCAGCCUAUCCUAGAACCUGUUACUACACCAGUAAACACGGAUGGGGAUGUGUUUGCAACACCACACAAUACCAAACAGAAAACAAAGGAAACAGUGGAAGUGACUUGGAUCAAGGCCAAAGGCUCGUCAAAGGCAAAAAAUAGGAAUACUGUCUCUGCAAGUUCUUCUUUUGUGACACAAGAGAAUGGUUUUGAGGUAUUGGGGGUUUUGAAUGACCCCCAUACUUUUGACCGUGGACCAUGUUAG